CACAAUCCUUAAUGGAUCAACUUGGUACUUGGCAUAUGUAUUCCUUAUAUCCUAAGGACAUCAACUAUUCAUUUUAGUGAAUGCUCCGACCCCCCAGGGGCAGAGCCACGCCCAAUUUUGUCUUUAGCGCCCGAAAGCCACAAUUCUGAAUGGAUUAUCUUGGAACUUGGUAUACGUAUUCCUUAUACCCUAAGGAAGGCAACUAUUGAUGUUGGUGCACGACCCCCUUCUCCUCCAUAUCUAAAUUAUUGUUUAAGGUAAAACAAUUAUGUUUCAACAUCAGAUCACAACUACAUGUAUGGCAAUGUACGUGUUUUAUUGGCGUGUUUAUUAAUUCUAGUUCUGUGCAACUCCAGAAGAUAACACGAUGUUGAUGUUGAUGUUGAUGUUAGUGGGUACAGUGACAGCACCUAUCCCACCAGAUUCUGUGUUCGAAUGGGGCAAUACAACAAAUCCUGUGAUCAGUACUAUGCGUCAAAGAAUUACCCUGGAAUGGAUAUAUCAAUCUAAAGAACCUGUCAGCAGUAUGGUCUUUACACGCUUUAAAAACAGCAAGGAUAUUGAAGUUCCUGUAGGAAAAUGGACAAAGGAAGGAGGAUUUAAACCGGAUCCCUUCAUAUCAACUGAAUUGACCCUUAAUACAGUUCACAUAAAUGGAACGAAUGAGAACAAAGUAUCUCUGAUACUAGAAAAUCCUAUUCAUAUAGACUACGACCUCCAGUACAACUGUCAAGUAAACUUUGGCGAUCCAGUAAAAAGGGAUAGUUUAUCAAUUGAAUUGAGAGCGCUGAGACCAUACUGGAUAAAUCCUGAAAAUGAAAAGUAUGCUACCUUGGAAGAAGAUGUUACAUUUAUUUGGGAAUACAGAUAUCCUCAUCAAGCACUUGCCGUGUUUAUAAGACGAGAAAAUAACAGUGAAAGUGAAAUGGUUGAGGUAGGAUAUUGGUAUCAGGAUGAAUUUACUGAUCAGGGUCAGUUUAUCAAUAGAGUGGUCCUUACAAAAACACCAAAUGAAGAUAAAACUAGUGAAGAGAUCAAUCUAACAUUGAAAAGAGUCUCAGUGGAAGAUUUGUGGUGGCAGUAUGUCUGUCGGUUAACACUGGGUGAUGGAGAGCAACUAUUAAAAAAAACACUUUUAAAAGAAGAAGUGAAGCUGAAUACUGUAACGUCUAGAGCAGAUUCACGGACAUCAACAGCUACCAGAUCACCUGUUGGUUACAGUACAGUAAUACUUGUUAUUGUCUGCUCUAUUAUCUCUCACAUCUCAAAGGACUAGGUUUAUCCUACGUUGGUGAUGUUAUUGUUAUCUUAACAUCACCUUUGUUAGUUAUCUUCUGGUGAAUUUUUAACAUGCAUAGGUUUGGAAAACCUCUGUGUGGGUUAAAAAUCCUGUUGGUCCAUUUCUUAUUACAGUUACUUAUUUGAAUAAGUUUGUAUCAAACAAUUUAAAAUGUAUUUUUGGUAUAUAUUUUUAUACGCCCCUGUCCGUCCAUCCACAAUUUGUUUGUGGACAGUCUACUGGUUACAAUUUUUAUCCGAUUUCGACGAAAUUUGCAAUAUAGGUUUCUCUCCCAUCGACAUCGGUUCAUGCAAAUCCGACUCUUAACUUGACGGAUGCGACCCCUGGUCGUAGGAAAAAAAUCGUAGUUUUAGCUUGUGGACCCUGUAGCGGUAACAUUUCACAUCUGACUUUAAAAAGCGUUUAAUUAUAUCCGUGGUGCAUACUAUAUCACGGUUACACCCUAAUGAUAGUUUAGUUCAAACUUUGUGAACAUCUGACCGAAACUUCCCGACAAAAUAGCCGCUACUUGUACGCAAAUAGUGUAAAAGUAUCUAAUACCAAGGUUGUAGAUCCUGGUUUACGAUACGAAACUUGAAAUAUAGGUUUAUCUCCAAAAGAUCUUGGUUCCUUUCGAUAUUUGCGCAUAUCGGACCGUAACUUUCUGGGUUAUUGCCCCUGAUUGUACAAAACAUCGCGUUUCGUUUUACCUUGUUCUCUAUCCAUCUCUUGCAAAUUGUCCUACACUCUAAAAAAUAUCCAUUUUUUAUGUGGCCGAAUUCCGUAAUUUAACACCUUUUUUUCUGUUAAUCGAUGGAUUUUUUGGAGAAAUUGUGUUAAUUGUCUGAAUUAUUUCUUCAAAUUACGUGUUUUAUGUAUUUCUGUGAAAUACUCAGUAUUAAACAGGAAAUUUCCGUGAAAUUUAGGGAUAAAAUGUUUUAUUCCCUUCUAUAACGGACUUAAUUCUGUUAUUUUACGGAAUAAACAGUGGAAUGACAAGGAAGUUCCGUGAAAUUUAGGGAUAAAAUGUUUUAUUCCGUUCUGUAAUGGACUUAAUUCUGUUGUUUUACGGGAUAAACGGUGCAACGAUAAGUAAUCGUAUACAUAUAUAAUCAUUCCUAAUAAUCAUCAUGUUAUAGUAUUCAUUUCAAUUUAUUAACCAUAAUAUGAAGAAUCAUAUUUUGUAACGUUUGGUAUAUUAAUUGACAUGUAUAUCUAAUUUCCAUUAUUUAUAAGAUCUAUAAAGUGUAUUGUUAUUCAUCAUACGGUAAUCAGAUUGUAAGUAUUUUCAUAAAUAUGUAUAAGUAUGUUUUAAUGCUGCGGGUGUUAAAGUUGUAAUAUCUGGUAAUCAAGCACGCUAAAGUCCGGAUAGUACAACCGGUUGGCCAGUGUAAAUCGGUUUUUGUGUCUAUGGCAGAGUCUGCAUACCUGCGAAUUGAUAAUACCGCAAACAUACAUCUGAAAGCCUCCAACCACUGACGAGUAGUGGUUUGUGAUACCUUGCUCUCGAUUCUUAUAAUAGCGAAAAGAGGUUACGUUUAAAAAUUAUUUGCGAUAUCACUUCGGUGGAAGCGGACGUUAAAUAAAGCUAUUUCACGCACGCGUAUAAAGUCAAUGGUUAAUUCAAUGAAAUUUUUAUCACCUUCAUGGUCAGGAAACAAAAUUUACCAGGAUUUUUUUUUCUGUAUUUGAAAAUGGAAUUUAUGUUAAUUGAAGGAAUUUCUGUAAAUUACAGGAAAAACAAAUACGGAUAAAAUUUUCCUGGUAAUUUUUGUUUCCGGAAUUUUUUACGUUUUUUCACGGAAAUUUUUGUUACAGUGUAGCAGCUGCUGGUUUAUUUUGCUAUCAAAAUGAGAAUUUGUAAAUAUAUUUUUUUUUCAAUCUAUAUUUCUACAUAUAUUGUUGUAUAGAGACUUAUAUACGAUGUAAUACUACAUAUAGUGUAAGACUUAUGUAAGAUGUAUUGUGUAUCUAGUCAUUAUUAUAUAAACCACCAGUCGAUGACUAACAUAGUAGGUCCCAAGUCCUUCAAGAUGGAGGGGGAUAAUUUAUUUUAUUCUUUUAUAUAAUAAAUAAAUAUGUUUUAAAAAUUCACUCGUUAUGAAUUAUGUUUCAAGCCUUCCAGUAUAUGCUCUCCUCGUGAUGUCAGGCAAUUUAUACAAUUGGAGUAUUUGGUUAUUAGAAAGUUGAACUGGGGGAGGUGAUUCAUAUUCCGGAGUAAGUUCCGAUUCGGAAGGCGGGGAUAAAUGACUAUUUUAAAUAUGAGAAAUGAUGGUUUAGCGUAAUGUUUAUUUUGAAUGUAAGAUAUGAUGGUUUAGGUAAUGACUAGUUUAAAUAUGAGAAAUGUUGUUCAGUUUAAAUGUAAGAUAUGGUGGUUUAGGUUAUGACUGGUUUGGGUGUGAGAUAUGAUGGGGUUUAGUAAUGUUCAAAUUUAUAAUUAUUCGACUCAAAAUACGAGAUAUUAUUGGUCAAUGAACCUUUUCGGUUAAUAAAUAUCGAAUUAACUUCA